CAACUCGGUAUCGAAGCGCGCACGACGAAUCGCCCCUUACGCAGACAUGCGCAUCCUAGUCAGCUAUGUGUUCAUAUUAGCGCUUUGUUACGCCACAACCGACGAUUACAAAGCGAAACGAGCCAAGAUCCUACGAGAUGAGGAACUCUUGUCUCUUGGGGGAAAUAUACAACUUACAGAUAAAGAAUCAGCCGUCAACGACUGUCUAAUGCGGCAUAAAUUCCAAGAAGUAAAUUACUAUUUUAAUAAUCCGCAAUACUGCAACUUUUCCCAUAAUUUCUUUGCCUACAAAGAUAAUAUACGUCAUUCUAAAGUAUAUAAAAUCAUAAAAGAUAUGCCAAAAGGAGCAGCGUUACAUAUUCAUGAUAUGGGUAUUUUAGGAGCCGAUUAUAUUGUGAAUUUGACAUAUUCAGAAGUACUCUACAUUUGUUUCGAAGAAAAAGAUGUUAAAUUGAAAUUUUCUGACAAAGAACCUAAUGAACCAUGCAAAAGUAAGUGGCAAUUAAUUAACGAAAUGCGAAACUCGAUGAAUAAAACUAAGUUUGACGCGGAAUUAAGAAAAUACUUUACGUUAUAUGUCAAUGAUCCCGACAUUGAAUAUCCAACUAUCAAAGAAUCAUGGACUACUUUCAUGAAUUAUUUUAGGAGGGUUAGUAAAAUUCUUACGUAUAGACCGAUAUGGGAACAAUAUUUCUACGAUGUUCUAUUAAAAUUAAAAAUGGAAAAUGUAAUGUAUCUUGAGAUUCGAAGUGUUUUACCUAAUUUGUAUGAAUUAGAUGGUACUGAGUACGAGACAAUUGUAACUGCGAAAACGUACAAAAAAAUAAUACAAAAGUUCAAAAAAGAUUAUCCUGAUUUUAUCGGAGCGAAACUCAUAUACGCAAACUCUCGAAGAAUAAACAGAUCGCAGUUAGACGAAUACAUACGUCUAGCACGAGCUAUAAAAAAAGAUAUGCCAGACAUUUUUGCAGGAUUUGACCUAGUUGGCCAAGAAGACUUGGGAAGUCCCUUAAUUGAAUUCAUACCGCAACUAUUGAAUGCUUCUAAAGACCUAGAUUAUUUUUUCCACGCUGGUGAAACGAAUUGGUACGGAACUUUAGUUGAUGGUAACUUGAUUGAUGCCAUAUUAUUGGGAGCAAAGAGAAUAGGCCAUGGCUACGCUAUUAUAAAACAUCCAUUAUUGAUAAGAGAAGUAAUCCAGCAAGAUAUAGCUUUAGAAGUUAAUGUUAUAUCAAAUGCAGUACUCUCUCUAGUUCGUGAUGUACGUAACCAUCCACUCAGUACCCUUUUCGCUCUUGGAGUGCCAGUAGUAUUAUCUAGUGACGAUCCUGGUGCUUGGGAAGCCGAUCUUUUAUCUGACGACUUUUAUGUGGCGUUUGUAGGUGUUGCAAGUCGUUUGUCGGACUUGAGACUGCUAAAACAGCUAGCCAUCAACUCACUGAAAUAUAGUGCUCUUGAUUCUAAUUCCAAAAGGGAUGCGUUGUCCAAGUUUAAUUUGCGAUGGAAUACAUUUGUAGAAAACUUUGACUGUUCAAAUUAUUAAAUGUAAUAAAAAUUACCUUAAUAUUAUUAUUUUUUUCUUUGUCUUUACUUAAACUAAAAUGUGUCUUAGAAGGUACAAGCAUCGAUGCGAAUUUAUGUAAAAACAAAAAAAUAAAAUCUUGAUGUAAA